UUGUCCUCAUGGCUUGGGGGGCUGUUGGUCUCAGUGGCCAAGACAUCAUGCAUCGCCAGCCUGUCCUACUGUGGCCCCAAUGUCCUCAACCACUUCUUCUGUGACAUCUCCCCUCUGCUCAACCUGUCCUGCACCCACGUGGCCCUGACGGAGCUGGUGGACUUCAUCUCUGCCAUCGUCAUCCUCUGUGGGUCAUUGCUAGUGGCUCUGGCCUCCUAUGUGGCCAUCGGGAGGGCUGUGCUCCACAUGCCAUCAGCCGUCACCCGCUGCAGAGCCCUCUCCACCUGUGCCUCCCACCUGGUGGUGGUGGGCAUCUUCUAUGGGGUGGUCCUCUUCAUGUAUUCCCGCCCCCGCCUCAUCGGUUCCACAGACCUCAACAAGGUGCUGUCUGUCAUCUACACGGUGGUCACGCCCAUGUGCAGCCCCGUCAUCUACUGCCUGCGGAACAGGGAGGUCCAGGCAGUGCUGCAGAAAACCCUCCACUCACCCCGGGUCUCUUCAGCGACAACACACUUUGCCUGCUCCUGAUUUUAACAGAGCACACUGAUGGUCACCAGAAGGGAGGUGGGUGGGGGUGCAUUGAACAGGUGAUGGGGAAGAAGGAGGGCCCUUGUGAUGAGCACCGGGUGAUGUACGAAAGUGUU